AUGGCUACUCUGAGAUUUUUCUGCGCCACAAACCUUUCUCUCUCAAUUCAAAACAACGCGAAAUUGGAUAACAAGUGUAUUACUCAGAAGGUGAAGAACCUCGUCAACACUGUUCAAUUUCCUUCCAUUUCAUCAUCAUCAUCAACUCCACUUGAGUCUCUUCAGAGAGGUACUUGGGUCAAACUCAUCUGUGGUGCAAGCUUCGAAGAUGUUGUUGAUAUCAGAAAUCUCACUUUGGUUUACACUCUCGCUGGAGUUGACUGUAUUGAUUGUGCUGCUGAUGCAUCGGUUGUGAGUGCUGUGAAUGAAGGAAUUGAAGCUGCAAGAGACAUCUUAUGCGGCCUUAGAAAGCCGUGGGUGAUGAUCAGUGUCAAUGAUGAUAAAGAUCUUCACUUUCGCAAAGCUCAAUUUGAUCCAGAGGACUGUCCAGCAGAGUGUUCAAGGCCAUGUGAAAAUGUCUGUCCUGCGAAUGCAAUCUCAUUCCAACGGAAAUCUGCUUUGCAAAUUUUAUAUGAUAACAGCGCACCAAGAGGUGGUGUCAUAACGGAACGCUGCUACGGCUGUGGCCGCUGCCUUCCAAUUUGUCCCUAUGAUAAAAUAAGAGAUGUAACAUAUGUUAGGGAUGCUUUUACAACUGCUAAUCUGAUCAAGAGAAAUGAUGUUGAUGCUAUAGAGAUACAUACAAGUGGAAGGCAGAGUAAACAGUUUGAAGAACUCUGGCUUGCUUUAGGAGACUCAGUAGAAAAUUUGAAGCUAGUAGCAGUUAGUUUACCUAAUGUUGGAGAUUCAACAAUAUCCUCUAUGAACAAAAUGUUCUCGAUUAUGAAGCCCAAUCUUCAAGCCUUAAACUUAUGGCAGUUAGAUGGCCGUCCGAUGAGUGGAGAUAUCGGGAGAGGAGCAACUAAGGAGUCAAUAGCUUUUGCCACUCAAUUGGCUAAAGCAAAAGAUAGACCUUCCGGAUUUCUUCAACUUGCUGGUGGAACUAAUGCUUACACAAUUGAAGGAUUGAAAAAAGAAGGACUCUUUCAAACAACUAUUACAGAAUACUUGGAUCAUGAAGAGUCAUCAAACACUACAUCUAAUCCAUCAUGUGCUUUAAUUAGCGGCAUCGCUUAUGGUGGCUAUGCGCGAAAGAUUGUUGGUAGAGUGUUGAGAUCCAUGCAAUCGCAACAUGGUGGAGCUGCGGCAAUCGAGGAUCAUCCUGAGCAUCUGUUAUUGGCUCUAACGGAAGCACUUGCUUUGGUUGGACCUGUAAAAUGUCUAUAA